GAAAAAGAAGCAACGCCCAUGGGAUCAUGGGUGUGCUUUAAUUAUUAUUAUUGAACAGAAAAGAAUCCGUUAUCUUGCUUAAGAUAUGGAUGCAUUCUGCAUCCGACACUUCUCAGAUCAAUUCUAGGGUUUAAUAAAGAAAUAUUAAUUAUUAUAAUUGUGGGUUUGUUUUAUCCAGGUAGAAUUCCCAUUCUAAGAAGCUUCGUUCCCUGUCAUUGGAAGUGAGAAACCUACGUAGUUUUUUGUUGGUUUCUUUGGUUUUGUUUUCUUCUUGAUCGGAACCCUCCUGAAAGACAAGAAAGGAAAGUGAGCAAUCUUUAUGUAAACUGAUGCAUUUGUAUUCUACUGGGUUUACUUUCUCUUUCUGUUUCCUCUUUUAUUUUCUUGUAAUAAUGUUGACCGUUAAGAGUCUUUUUCUCAAGAGAUUUUAAGGGUUUCUUUUUGUUUAUGCUGUCUUGGCUUUGUUGAUUACGCCCAAGUAUCUAAUUGUUGGCUGGGGGAGGCUUUGGAGUGAAGUUGACGCUUGACAUUGAAGGUUAUAUACGCUUUGAUUUUGUGAGUUGAAGCUGUUUUUGAGAGAGAGAGAGAGAGAGAGAGAGAGAGAGGCUCGUAGCUGUUCACAGUGUAUUUCUUCUCAUUUGGGUCUUUCUCUGGGUAUCUCCGCAUCUAUAAGUUGGGUUUGCAUACAGAUUGGGAAAUAUUAUUCUUCAUCAAGUGCAGUUUAAGUUUGGUUACUUCUCAUCGUGAGUUUCGUUGGGAAUGGCCGAAACUGAGAGUAUAGCUCUCAAAGAAGCGCUUCUUACCCAACAACAGCUUCUUCAUAAACUGACUACAGAAUUGGAGGAGGAAAGAGAAGCCUCAGCCACAGCUGCUACUGAAGCUUUAUCCAUGAUAUUGCGUCUACAAGGAGAAAAGGCAGCUGAAAAGAUGGAAGCAAGUCAAUACAAGAGAAUGGCAGAGGAAAAGAUUAACCAUGCUGAGGAAUCUCUGGCUAUUUUUGAGGAGCUCAUAUUUCAGAAAGAAAUGGAGAUUGCUUCACUUGAGUUCCAAGUUCAGGCUUACAAGAACAAACUACAGAGUGUGGGUCUAAAUGAUUCAUAUAUUGGGCAGCUGAAUAAUCAGUUUGUGCGUAGAAAUGAAGCCUAUUUCAAGGAUAUUGGUGUUCAUCAGUCUGUAAAAAAGAACAAUUCUCUCCCUGCAGCUCAACAUAAAGAUUCAUGUUCUAAGAAGGGUAUUGUAGGAGAAGAUGGGUCUGCACUUUUGCUUCAAGAAUUGAUUCCAAGGACAAUUGAUAAACUGGAUUUUGAGUCUGAUAUUCUGGACAAUGAGAUGCAUAAGGUGUCUGAAGAAUCUGCUGUUGCAGACCAUGAUUCAUACUGGAAACAAAUCGAAUGGUUGGAUAAACAAGUUGACUUACCUCAUAAUAAAGACAUUGGUAUAGGAAGUGAUCCACUAAAAUCCAUGGAGGUUAAGUUGAAUGUUGGAAGUACACUCUCACUUUCAAGUUCUCAGGUUGGAAGUCCCAAGAAUAUAUUUGAGCUUGAUGCAUCUGAUGUUCCAUGCUUGGAGACAAAAAAUAUUAGAAGUACAUCUUUCACAAAAAGUGUCCAUGAUAUAUUUGAAGUCCCACAAAGUCAUGAAAAUUACAAACACUCUGGAUCAAAGAAAGAAGAAUGGCAAACAUUCAUCCACUAUGGUGAGACCAGGCUUGGAAAGGCAGAUUCAGUCCCACAGGGAACUUCAGAUUGCUAUUUAGAAGACAAAGCCAAGUGUGCAAAGAAUGUUCUGCCCUAUGCAAAGCAUGAGAGCAUGUUUUUUAAACAAACAAAUGAGGUUAAACAUGACUCCUUUUCUGUGGCUCCUCCUGUUGAUAUUACUCUAUUGCAAUCUGAGGUUUGGCAGCUUAGUAAACGAUUAGAGUUACUUUUGAAUGAUAGAAGUAUUAAGCAAGAAGCCUCUAAUCGAAGGGAAGAGGAACUGAAUAUGUUAAAGGAGAUUCAUGAAAAGAUCAAUGUGGUAAACUCUGACCGAAGGAAUAGGCAGUUGCCUCCACUUGAUGAAUCUCCAGUAUGUUCUGUCACUGAGAUUUUCCAAACAUGGAUGUGUAGAGUUUGCACUGUUUGUACUGGACGAUUAGCAUGAGUUAAUUGUUUAAUACUUUGUUGGAUAUCAGUUUGAUACAAUGAUUUUGUAAUAUGGAUUAUUUGGAUUUGGUGCAACUGUUUCAAAUGUUACUGCCUCAAGAAAGAUCAACUGAGCUUCAUGCAACAUCAGUUCCAGAAGUGCUGCUGUAUGUUUAUUUCAACAGAGUACUAGAAAUUACAAAAAGUUGGGAAAGAACAUCUUUGGCUUUCAAGAAGUGGCAUGAACUAAUGGAAACGACUAUGGUUGGGAUAUAUUUAUUUAUUUUUUGUGACACAAAAUGUAUACUAUGCAAGAAUACUUUAAUGUACUUGAAAAACCAUAUUAUAUGUCAAGUGUCUUUUCAUGGAAUUGUAUGCAAGAAUUGCUUUCUUCA